GCCCAAGACACGCACCAGGGAGCAGCCGCAGCCCGGGCUGCAGGGGCUGUGAGCGGCAUGUUCCUGCCCGAGUCUCUGGGCAGCGGACUCCUGCCCCCGGGCUGCGAGGGAAGUUUUCCAAGCACGGGGCGAAAGGGGGAGUGGGAGCGAGCUCUGGGCUGGGGAAGCCUCUUCCCUCCUCCCCUCGCCUGGAAGAACAACCGGGAUAUUCACGCGGAGCGGCGCGAUGCCAGGGAAACUCCUCCAGGGGGACCGCGCGGAGAGGCUGCCGAGCCUGCAACCUGCCUUUAAAAGCCCCCCACACGAGAGCCGCCGCUCCGCACAGGCGAGCCGGGGCGCCCGCGAUGAGGCCAGCCGCGUGCUCCUGGGGCCUGGGGCUCCUGCUGGCCGCCGCUCAUCUCUCCCGCCAGCAGCCGCCGCAACAGAGGCCUGCUUUUACGUGUGGAGGAAUUCUGUCUGGAGAGUCAGGGUUUAUUGGGAGUGAAGGAUUCCCUGGAGUUUACCCUCCAAACAGCAAAUGUACUUGGAAAAUCACAGUGCCUGAAGGAAAGGUGGUAGUUCUGUCUUUCAGAUACAUAGACUUGGAAAGUGACAACUUGUGCAGAUAUGACUUUGUGGAUGUUUACAAUGGUCAUGCCAAUGGACAACGCCUGGGCAGGUUCUGUGGUACUUUCAAACCAGGUGCCCUUGUGGCCAAUGGCAAUAAGAUGUUGGUACAAAUGAUUUCAGAUGCGAACACAGCUGGAAAUGGAUUCAUUGCUAUGUUUUCUGCAGCAGAGCCACAUGAAAGAGGGGAUCAGUACUGUGGUGGACGACUAGACAAGCCUUCUGGGUCCUUUAAAACUCCUAAUUGGCCAGAUCGAGAUUACCCCGCAGGAGUCACUUGCUCAUGGCAUAUUGUAGCCCCAAAGAAUCAGGUCAUAGAGUUAAAGUUUGAGAAGUUUGAUGUGGAGAGAGAUAACUACUGCAGAUAUGAUUUUGUGGCAGUAUUUAAUGGUGGGGAAAUCAAUGAUGCUAAAAGAAUUGGGAAAUACUGUGGAGAUAGUCCACCUGCGCCCAUUAUAUCUGAACGAAAUGAGUUGCUCAUUCAGUUCUUGUCUGAUUUAAGUUUAACUGCUGAUGGCUUUAUUGGUCACUAUAAAUUCAGAGCCAAAAAGUUACCCACAACCACAGCUCCAGCUACGACCACUCCCCCUGCAACAGCAACUUUGAAACCUACAGUUGCCCUCUGCCAGCAAAAAUGUAGAAGGAAUGGGACUCUUGAGAGCAAUUACUGUUCAAGUAACUUUGUUCACCUUCUAAAGGAAAGUGUAGGUGUUUUGUGCAGCCUAGCAGUCUCAAUUCAAACAGCAGUAAUAACAGGAACUGUUAUCACAGCAGUCACACGGGGUGGCAGCUUACAUGCAACAAUAUCAAUCAUAAAUGUAUAUAAGGAAGGAAAUUUAGCAAUCCAGCAAGCAGGCAAGAAUAUGAGUGCCAAGAUCAUUGUUGUUUGUAAGCAGUGCCCUCUCAUCAGGAGAGGUCUAAACUACAUCAUCAUGGGCCAGCUGGAAGAAGAUGGCAGAGGUAAAGUCCUGCCCAACAACUUUAUCAUGAGUUUCAAGACUAAGAACCAAAAGAUCCUGAACACCUUGAAAAACAAACAAUGUUAAAAUGUGAAUCCUGUACUUGCAUUCUGUCAUCUCUUUGUAAGGAACAAUUUUCAUACAGUAAAAAAAUCAGGAAGAUAAAAUUGACCAUAACCAAAAAGAUCGUCAGUUUACUGUCCCUUACAUAUAACCAUGUAACUGGCACUGUCAAUUACAUAAAUAUAUAGAGGAGAAUAGAUCCCUAAUUUUAAACUGCAAAAUUUGCAGGAUAACCAUCUGAUCUGAAGCAUACCAAAUUCUGACUCCUUUGAAGCUGUUAAUUUAUACUUGUCUCAGAAGGAUUUUUUUAGGAAUGAGUUAUGUGCAGAUGUAAAAUAAGAAUAAGUGCAAUAUUUAUAGUAAUUCAUUUUAACUUAGCUUUUUCUUCUAAAGUUGUUUUAUUAUAUGGGUUCUUGCAUUAUUAUCUAUGCUUAAUAAAAUAUUUUAAAACCUCACAAUACACCAAGGAAUUAUCAAAUUCUCCAUGUAUUUAGUGGGGCAUGCUAAAAAUAGAAAAUCUCUGAUCAUUUACAUGCUUGUGAUGCUCUGGGACUGGCAUAGCAAGAGUGGCACCACACUUUCUUAUAGCGUUUACAUUAAAGUCAAUGGGAAAUGGAUUAGGGCUUUAAAAAGUCUGAAACUACUACCAUACAAUGCUUUUAUCUAGUGAUGUUUUAUCUACAUUGUUUUAUUUUUCAGUAUUUCACAAAUAAAAGCCAAAUGAUAUUGUUAACCUUCAUUACAUAGGUAAGGGCUAGGAACCAGUCCAGGCCCACUGAACUGCACCUGCAAACAGUAUGCUCUCGUCUUUCAUAGAAUGGGAGACCAAGAUUCAGAAUGACACUUAGCUUAGUACUGGGGAUGCAAAUGGUAGUAUAGCUGUCCCCAUAGGCUGAUGUGGAAGAAAGAAGUGCUACAAAGUAAGAGUGAUUCAUUUUCUGUUAGACAGUAUUCC